UUUCCUUCUGCUGAUUCUCGGACAGCCCAAACAUGUAGGCAUGGGCAGAGUAAACACUUCUAAAUGAGCUCACAAAUUGAAGAAGUCAUCCCAAUUUUCGAAUUCAUACAGCUUUCUCGGAGACCCAUUACAGCUUUUUCUCAGUUGAUCCGGUGAUCAAAGAACGUUGCAGUUACAAGCAAUUUCCUGUACUUAACAGGGUCAAUAGAGUUCAUCUGAGUUUCAUCCACCAAUUGAUCCAGUGGUUUUCAAAUAUGGGUCACAGAUUUCGCUAUCUAUGCCAGACAGAAACCAGGAGACUGCUAUUGCUGAUGGGGAUGGCGUUCGCGGUGGUGUUACUGGUUCAGUAUUUUGAGCAUCCUUAUGGUUAUAUAAUAUCAUCUUUGUUUACUGCUGGCAAGGCUCAGGAUCUAGUAAUAGGCAGUUUACCAGCUGGAGAUUCAUCUCAUAACCACAAAACGCUAGGUAACACGACACUUUUUAAUACUUUGAACUCCACUGAUACAAAUGCUGUCCAUGAAAUAGUCAAUGCAACUAAGACCUCUGAAGGAAAGGAUAUUGGUCUCAGAAAUGAUUUUGUAUCUGAAAGGAAUGGAGUCUCAAAUAAUUCCCUUACAGUAGAGGAGGAUAUCGACCCUGAAGAUGAAUCUCCAUCUAAGGAUUUUGCAGAGCUAAACAAUAAUUCAACGGUGGAGAAUACAAGAACAGAGAAUGGUUUGGCAACAGGGAAGGGUGGUGAAUCUGAAUAUAAUUUCUUAAGAAGCAAUGUGAGUGCCGAUAGUAAUUCUUCUUCAAGCAGUACUCAUGGAGAAGAUAUUCCUUUGAAUGCAGACGUAGACCCCAGUCUUGCAACCCCUUCAUUUCCACUACAACCCGUGAAUUCAACUAACUUCAUCCCUCCAACAAAUUUGGGUACAAAACAAACUCCUAUGAUAUCUAUUAACCCCAACACUUCUUCAUCAAAUAAAGAUUCGCCUGAUACACUUCCCAAGGAUGAAAAACCCCAGCCAUCUCAAAGUGUUCUUGCCCUGUCAGAAAAUAGUUCCUCGAUUUCUAAUUUACCUGCAAUGAAUAAAAGGUCUGAAGAACCAACCACGGGAGUAUUCUCAAUAUCUGACAUGAACGAUUUAUUGCUUCAAAGUCGUGCUUCAUCCUUUUCAAUGAAACCACGGUGGUCUUCAGCAGUGGACAAAGAUUUACUAAAUGUGAAAUCACAGAUUGAGAAUGCACCCAUCAUAAGGAAUGAUCCUGAAUUGUAUGCUUCCCUCUACAGGAAUGUUUCCAUGUUCAAAAGGAGCUAUGAACUAAUGGAGAAGACAAUCAAGGUUUACAUCUACAAGGAGGGAGCAAGACCCAUUUUCCACGUGUCAGUGCUCAAGGGAAUAUAUGCUUCAGAGGGUUGGUUCAUGAAGCAACUGAAAGCAAACAGACAAUUUGUUACUAAAAACCCCAGAAAAGCCCAUCUAUUUUACCUACCUUUUAGUUCUCGAAUGUUGGAGGAGACCCUAUAUGUACCUAAUUCUCACAGUCACAAGAAUUUAAUACAACAUUUGAAGAACUAUCUUGACACGAUUGUAGGACGAUACAAUUUCUGGAACAGAACUGGUGGAGCAGAUCAUUUUCUUGUUGCUUGCCAUGACUGGGCCCCAUCUGAGACAAAGCAACAUAUGGGUAAAUGCAUAAGAGCUCUCUGCAAUUCUGACAUCAAAGAAGGCUUCAAAUUUGGCAAGGACGUGUCUCUACCGGAAACAUAUGUGAAGACGGCUCAGAAGCCGCUAAGGGAACUUGGGGGCAAACCUCCUUCCCAGCGACGAAUCCUUGCUUUCUUUGCUGGGAACAUGCAUGGUUAUCUCCGUCCUAUUCUAUUGAAGUACUGGGAAAACAAAGAUCCUGACAUGAAAAUCUUCGGCCGGUUGCCUAAGGUGAAGGGUAAAAUGAACUAUGUGCAGUACAUGAAGAGCAGCAAAUACUGUAUAUGUGCAAAAGGUUAUGAAGUCAACAGUCCACGAGUUGUGGAGGCCUUCUUCCAUGAGUGUGUUCCAGUGAUAUUAUCCGACAAUUUUGUGCCUCCAUUUUUCGAAGUACUGAACUGGGAAUCCUUCGCUGUUUUUGUCCUGGAGAAAGAUAUUCCGAACUUAAAGAGCAUACUCCUUUCGAUUCCAGAUAAGAGGUAUCUUGAGAUGCAGCGGAGGGUUAAGAAGGUACAACAACAUUUUCUUUGGCAUACUAGGCCUGUGAAAUAUGAUAUCUUCCAUAUGAUACUCCACUCGAUAUGGUAUAAUAGAGUUUUCCAAAUAAGAACUCGAUGAUGGAUGUGUUUUGACUACAAAAGAUUGCAAAUACACAAUUUUUCCUCUGUAGUCAGAUAAGAAUUCCACAUUUAUGGGAAAGUGUGAAGGAAAAUGUUUUCAACGGGUAGGAACUCGUGAGUUCUACUGCACAGAAUUGUCAUAUUAUUUGCUGUACAUAGAAAACUCAUUCUUUGCUGUAGGGAUCUCAGAUUCAUAUUGGAGCCUCACGGUUUAGUGUUGGUACUUUAUGCUGCUGACAAGGUAUUCUUCUUUGUCUUUUCGAUAUAAUGAAUUAAUGAAGGCAUGGAAUCAGCAAUUGUGCUACAUUUAGAAAGACUUGGCCUCAGAAAUAGAAUAAAUUCUUUUGUCAAAUUAAAAAGGGUUAACCAUGUUCUUAAGGUGAGCUAAUUUUGAGUCCUUAAAAAGGAAAGAUGAAAAUUGUGGAAUCGACUUACAAUUAAGGUUGACAAAGUAAAAACAGUGGAUUAUAGAUUAGUAGCUAUUUAUACAACUUUUAUACGAUUUUAAAAAUCAAGCAGGUCUAUGUGUGACCAAUUAUAGUUGAUCAUAACAAUGGGAGCUAUACAUUGCUUGGUGCUUCAAACAAGAGAAUACAGGUUCUCACAGCUUCCAUUUUCUUUACAGUAGAGUGGGUAAAUGUAUGAUAUGGUAUUGACAACUAUUUACAGAUUAUUAACUUUUUUAUAUUCUCAUACUGGUUUAGCUCUUAUGGAUCCAUCUCAGUUUAGAUUUUAAGCAAUUUUUAUUUCUUCGCAUUUUCCAGCCACUAUUCUUACUUGAGGUGAAAAAAAAUAUAGAAAAACAGUUCUAAUUCUUACGGCUUCUCUUGCAGAGUAAUCGAUAUGGAGCAAGUUCUUCGCUUGGAUCAACGCAUGUAUGAAUUGAAAAUAAUAAAAUUGCAGUUUUUCUCUU